AUGGAUAGUUUGAGGUCUCUUAAAUUGUUCAAACUAUACGGAUGCUCAAAACUUGCCAACCUGCCAGAGAACUUAUGGAAAAUAAAGUGUUUGGAAACACUUGUAUUGAAUGAGAUUUCUCAACUUGAAGAAAUAGAACUUAAUGGUAUAGGCUGCUUGUCCUCGUUAAAAUAUUUAUCACUAAGUUGGAACAAUUUUGUCACCCUGCCUGCAAUCUUCAGUCAACUUUCAAAACUUGAAACUCUUAAUUUGCGCGGCUGCGAGAAGCUUCGAUCAGUGCCAGAGCUUCCAUCAACCGUGAGAUAUAUAAAUAUGGAAGGCUGUUGUUCGCUAGAACCAUCACCAGGACUGCUUAGACAAAGCAGUUUGUCACGACCUAAUUCUUCCCCAUUUUUUCGUGGGUAUGAUGAGAGCAGUGGUGGAGUGGCAUUUUCAAUAUUGAAGCGUUACCUCCAGGGACUCUUUUGUGAAAAAACUGGAUAUGAAACUGCUACCAAAAGAAAAGAGGAUGGAUCUAAUACUGAAUUUCAGAUCUUUAUUCCCGGUUGUUUAGUUCCGCAGUGGUUAACUCAUCAAAGUUGGGGGGACUCAAUAAGCGUAGCGUUGUCUCCAAAUUGGUGUAAUAGUAGGUGGAUGGGAUUCAUUCUAUGUGCUCUUUUCAAUAAAGAGGCAUAUUUCACUUGUGGUUUUAGAGCAUUUGUGAAAGCCAUUGGUGAUAAGCCUCAGUCACUAUUUCUUUAAAGAAUUCUAUAUUGGGGUAUGUAGCGGGGACCACGUUUGGUUAUUGUAUUUGUCUCGUGAUAAUUGGCUUAGUACUGUUGGGAAUGGUGAAUGCAGUCAGAUUGAGGUUGUAUUUGGACAUUAUUCGAAUUCAAACUAUUUCAUUCUUCCAACAAAUCCUGUGAAGCGAUGUGGGGUCAGUUUGGUAUACGAGCAAGACAUGGAACUGAUGGAAGAGUUAAACCAAGCAAAUGCACAAUGCUGCAGUAGUAGCCGUGUCAUUACUUAUGACGGUUGGGAUGGUGUCCAUCAUGGAUAUGUCAAUUCAAAGAGAAGCCGUGAUGAGUGUGAUGACGAGUUUGAUGAUGACUAAGCAUUUAUUUAAUGUGAAAAAAAUGAAAUAUUUCCCUCUUCAUCCAAUGGUAAUGACCAACUCCAACAUACUUCCUGUUAUAAGUCUAAUCCUAAUUUAUUUUCUUUUCUUUCUUGCCGUACAGUUGGUUUGGUCACUUAACAAGUAUAGUCCAGUUGUCUUUUUAGUUUUCCUUCAUCACUUUCAAGAAGCUUAGUAUAAAACCUUAGGCAAGUUAAGAAUAUGAUUCAGAAAGGAAAUAAAUUCUCAAGCUUCACUUAUUACACUUCUAAUAAGAAAUUUUGCUAAUGUAGAUGGUUCAAACCUAUUUUUGCAUCCUAUUUAUGGUUGAUCAGUGUUCCUUCUUUUAUCUAUGUGAAAACUGAAAACCUAGUUCUCUGAUUGUGUGUAUUUGCUAUUCACGCUUUGAGUAAAUUUUGUUGGUUUUUGAGUAAACUGAGAUUGGUUUUUAAGUAAAUUGUGUGUAUUCACGCUAUGAGAUCGGUAUCAUUUGUUAAAAUUUUUUUUUCUGUAAAAAUUUGAGGGAGAGAGACAAGGGGAGUGGAAGUUUCUGCAUCUUGAAGAAUUCUAAUUUAGUUUUUUUUUUUCUUGCUUUUACUGCCAUUGAUAUUUUGCAGUUUGCACUAAUGAUUUUUUUGGUUAACUCUUACAGUUUAGAUUUGAGGAAAUUAUUCAUUGAUAGUCAUCCAUAAAGAGAUUUUUUGGGGCAGAUUAAUAUUUUUGCAAUCUCUCUUACCCACUCUCUGAUUUGUUUCAACAUUGAAGGUUUUUUU